AGAGAAAUUCUGACGCAAGAUGGCCGCUGUUUAGAUAUUUCGUACGAAUUGCAUAAGACUGAUUUAUUUAUAUAAGUAUAUAGUAUCCAUCUAGAAUUUAGUCAUAUUUGAUAAGAAAUACAUCGAAAGCGAUGUCGGAGUCAUUAAUAGGAUUUUUUGGACCUGAUUGCCAAGAAAUUGAGCCUGUUCCUGAUACUUUCCCACCAGAGGUGGAAGAGGGUAAUAUAGAAUAUAAACGACAAUUAGUCAAUAUAUCAGUAACAAGAUUAGAACAUUUAAUAUCUCAAAUGAAAUGGCGUUUACAAGAAGGAGGAGGCGAAGCUAUAUAUGAAAUUGGAGUUACCGACACAGGAAUGUUGAAAGGACUCAAUGCAGAUGAUUUAGAAGAAUCAUUAAAUUCUUUACAUAAAAUGGCUGAUAGAUUAGGAGCAACUGUUACAGUUGUAAGAGAAAGAGAAUUAGAGAAUCAUAGGAAAGUUGUUGAAGUACUCGUUAGGAAAGUUCCAGACAGUCACGACUUCAUUGACGUUAGAAUAAGUGUGUUGGGAAGUUGGGGAUCUGGAAAGUCUACUUUAGUUGGAGUAUUGACCGAUGGUCAGCUAGACAAUGCUGAUGGAAGAGCGAGAUUGAAUCUUUUCCGUCAUGUACACGAAAUUGAAAGUGGAAGAACUUCUUCGGUUAGUCAAGAGAUAUUUGGAUUUGAUGAUAAGGGUAAUGUUUUGAACUAUGCGGAGAAACCGAAUAUCGAAGAUAUAUUGAAUUUGGCAUCUAAAAUCAUCACUUUAAUAGAUCAGCCUGGACAUGAUAAAUAUCUAAAAACAACGAUGUGUGCCUUAACGUCCCAACAGCCUGAUUAUGCCAUUUUAGCUGUUAGUUGUACAACUGGAAUAACUAAUACUUCAAGAGAGCACUUGGGUUUGGCUUUAGCCUUAAAAUUACCAACUGCAGUUGUAUUAACAAAGUCUGAUGCUGUAGGUAAGCAGCAACUUGAGAAAUUGAUAAAGUGUUUGGAAAAGACACUAAAAUCUCCAGGAAUCAAAAAAGUACCUUUUAGGGUAGUCAAUGAAGAUGAUGCCAUUAUGGCUGCUUCGUCAAUUAAUGGUAAUGUUUGCCCAUAUUUUGUUGCUUCGAGCGUGAGUGGAAGAGGAUUAAAUCUUCUUACAAAAUUUCUGUAUGCUGUUCCAUCCGUAUUUGGUAAAAACAAGGAGAUUGAUGGUUCAGUGGAGCAUCAAGUUGAUUCUGUAUAUGAUCUUGCUCAUUGUGGAACUGUGGUAGCUGGAACUCUUGUAAAGGGUGUUAUAAAAGAACAAGAAGAAUUAUAUAUCGGACCUGAUUCUUCAGGUAAUUUCUUCCCAGUAAAAGUUCAAUCGAUACACCGCAGUAGAGUUCCAACACUAAUUGCGAUGGCUGGACAAGCCGUCGCACUUGCUUUGGGCAACGUACCAUUAACAGUGCGAAAAGGAAUGGUGCUAUUGAAAAAUCCCUUCCCGAUUUGUUGUAUGGCGUUUGACGCUGAUAUUAGGGUUCUUUUUCAUCAUGGAAAAGGCUUAACUAAGAAUUUCCAAUGUGUUGUACACAUAAACAACGUGUGUCAGACAGCAAUUAUUGAAGAGUGUAACAAAGCUUGUGUGCCAACUAAUAGCCGCGCAGUUGUUCGUUUCCGUUUCUUAAAAAGACCUGAAUUCAUUAGCGUUGGUUCAAGGCUACUUUUCAGAGAAGGAAGGACAAAAGGAACUGGUGACGUUUUAAAAAUAUACCCCUACCAAAAUGAUCCUGAUUUGAUGAGAUAA